AGUCAGUCCAGAAAUAAACCUAAUGCACUUCACAGCUUAGCUUCCUUACUGAAACAUUAUUAUCCUUCCAAAUCACUGUGUUACAGAGGCAAGUUCAACUAGACACACAUAUUACCAUUUCAGUGAUCAUAAAUAUUUCUGGAUUUCACCAUGAUAACUACUGUGAAUUCCCGAAAGAAGGGUAAUGGACAACUCUUUUUCACUCUGACAUUGAUAACGGUACUGCUAACCCAAAAUAAAUUUGUGGAAGGCAAUAGUAAGAAGGCAGAUCUCGUUAAAAGAUACACCUUUGAGCACAACGACAUCAGCAGUACGCGAUACUUGGGCGAAGCCUGUGUUUCAAGUGCUUCGUGCCGACGGGGAAAUCGUGACAGCAUUUGCCAUCAUGGAGUAUGCACCUGCUUACCAUUCCAUAUGGCUCAGAAUGCAACCACCUGCCUUCCAACUGCCUUGUUGGGAUUUGAGUGCUUCGCCAAUUCCCAGUGCAGUUUGCGUGUACCCAACUCAGGGUGCAUUGAUGGUUUUUGUCAAUGUAGCAGAGGCUAUUCUCCUUACCGUCGACAUCUUUGCCUUCCACCGGCUCGGCUGGGCCACAAGUGCUUCAGCGAUGAUCAAUGUCGUUUAUCCCAAAAGCACUCAUACUGCAAAUUCAUAAUUCCAAAUGUGUACGGCCGUUGUUACUGCGACGCGUCCACAGAACAUGUUGGCUCGAGCUGUUUGCGGCCACGAAUAGUUAUCGGUUCGCGUUGUACUUCUUCUGUCGAGUGUAAAGCUCAUAUAAAAAACUCAGUCUGCCAUGAAUCUGCCUGUAUUUGCGACUACGGAUUCACCGUUGGAUGGACUGAUAAUCGAUGCGUUGCUACCCUUAAAGGUUUGAUCGAGAAUGAACUUGGUUUAAAUAGAAAAGUAAGUAUCGGUCAGGAAUGUACUAGUUGGGCUCAGUGCCAAGCCGCUGAUUCAAAUUCUGGCUGUCUAAAUGGCUAUUGUCAAUGCAUCGCUGGUGACCUGCAAUGUGGAAGGAACAACACUGGCUGCCAUCCUCUUACAUUCCAGUGUCGAUCAUCUGGGCAUUGCAUUAGUCGGUCGUUAACUUGUAACGGACAUGCUGAUUGUGAAGAUGCUUCAGACGAAACCGAUUGCCGUCGGCGUCCGUGUCCGACCGGCUCUUUUCCUUGCGGUGCCCACUGCAUAUCGGGCAUGUUUAUUUGCGAUGGAAUUCAACACUGCGCUGAUGGAUCAGACGAAGCUCGAUGUCAGGUUGAAGAUGGCGAAGAAUGCCCCGGCAACGGUUUUAAAUGUAACGAUGGGACCUGCGUACCGGAACACUCGUUUUGCAAUUCCAUUUUUGAUUGUAGUGAUGGAAGUGACGAGCCGGAACAAUCGUGUAAAAGAGAAUAUCGAAAGAAAAAGAGCGGAGAAUACUGCCCGCUUCAGUGCGGCAACGGAAGAUGUAGAAGUGCAGCUGUUCUUUGUACAGGUCAAGACGGCUGUGGUGAUAACUCUGACGAAACCCAAUGUGAAAUCUGUCGUUGUCCAACAAUCAUCAACAAGAUGUAAAACACGGUAAAACAUUAUAUUCGUUAUCACGUUUUUUGAGAUGUUGAUUAUCAUUUUCACAUCUACUCAUAUAAAUGGAAAAAAAAGUCACAGGCUCACUCCCCUGUAUACUAAUUCAAUAACUAGCUGAUUGAAUAAAAAUAACUUCAUUGAUAUUAAUGAUUUUAUUGGUUUGGUUAGUCGAGGACAUUAUAUCCAUAGCCUUGAUAAUGUUUAUUUGGCACAUCAAUCCACGAUGUCAUCAGUCUUCCUAAAAUCUUUUCAUAGAAUUUUCUGUUAUUCCAUGUUAUCUCUUUUUUUUUCCUAUCAGCACAUAAAGAAUUCUUAUUUCUACAU